GCGUCGGCCCCUCCCACUACGUGCGGCGCGGAGACUCUCUUAGAGCUCGGAGUCGGAGCUCGCAGUCCAUCGGUGCCCGUCGCUUGCUGCUUGGCUAGCGAGGACACUGCGGGAAGAUGGCGACGGAGAAACUCAAACACGAGGGCAGAGUCAAAAUCGGACACUACAUCCUCGGCGACACGCUCGGAGUGGGCACGUUUGGGAAGGUUAAAGUGGGCCAACACGAGCUGACCAAGCACCAAGUAGCAGUGAAGAUCCUGAACCGGCAGAAGAUUCGCAGUUUGGACGUGGUGGGCAAGAUCCGCCGGGAAAUCCAGAACCUCAAGCUUUUCAGGCACCCCCACAUCAUUAAAUUGUAUCAGGUGAUCAGCACCCCGACGGAUAUCUUCAUGGUGAUGGAGUAUGUCUCGGGAGGGGAGCUCUUUGACUACAUUCUCAAGAAUGGAAAGUUGGACGAGAAGGAGAGUCGUCGACUGUUCCAGCAGAUCAUCUCAGCCGUGGAUUAUUGCCACCGGCACAUGGUGGUGCAUCGGGACCUCAAGCCGGAAAAUGUGCUGCUGGACGCGCACAUGAAUGCGAAGAUAGCCGAUUUUGGUUUAUCCAACAUGAUGUCUGAUGGAGAAUUCCUGCGGACGAGUUGCGGUUCCCCCAACUAUGCUGCUCCUGAAGUGAUCUCUGGAAGAUUGUACGCCGGGCCCGAGGUGGACAUCUGGAGCAGCGGGGUGAUCCUCUACGCCCUGCUGUGCGGCACGCUGCCGUUCGACGACGACCACGUGCCCACGCUCUUCAAGAAGAUCUGCGAUGGCAUCUUCUUCACGCCGCCGUACCUCAACCCUGCCGUCACCAGCCUCCUCAAGCACAUGCUGCAGGUGGACCCCAUGAAGAGAGCCACCAUCAAAGAGAUCAGAGAGGAUGACUGGUUCAAGCAGGACCUCCCCAAGUACUUGUUCCCCGAGGACCCGUCGUACAGCAACAACAUGAUCGACGACGAGGCCCUAAAGGAAGUGUGCGACAAGUUCGAGUGCACAGAGGAGGAGGUCCUGGCCUGCAUCUACAGCCGCAACCACCAGGACCCGCUGGCCGUGGCCUACCACCUCAUCAUCGACAACCGCCGCAUCAUGAACGAGGCCAAGGACUUCUACCUGGCCUCCAGCCCGCCCGACUCCUUCCUGGACGACCAGCACCUGAGCUCGUCCGGCACCUCUGUGGCGCCCAGCGUCAAGCCCCACCCGGAGCGCGUGCCCUUCCUGGUGGCGGAGACGCCGCCGCGGCCCCGCCACACGUUGGACGAGCUGAAUCCGCAAAAGUCCAAGCACCAGGGCGUGCGGCGGGCCAAGUGGCACCUGGGCAUCCGCAGCCAGAGCAGACCCAACGAUAUCAUGACCGAAGUAUGCCGCGCCAUGAAGCAGCUUGACUACGAGUGGAAGGUUGUGAAUCCUUAUUAUUUGCGUGUGAAGAGGAAAAACCCAGUGACGGGCAUGCAGACCAAGAUGAGCCUUCAACUGUACCAAGUGGACAGCCGGACCUACCUCCUUGACUUCAGAAGUAUAGACGAUGACAUGCUGGAAACCAAAUCCGGCACGGCGACGCCUCUCCGCUCGGGAUCGGUCGGCAACUACCGCACCACCAUCAAAAGCGAGGCGGACAGCGCCGACUCCCCCCCAUCGACCAGCGCCGCCUCGCAGGCCAAGACGGCCGCCGAAGCCUCGCUGGCAUCUUCGCUCACCUCAUCCAUCGACUCGACGGGGGGCGCCGACAUCCUGUCUGUGCCUCGCCCGGGCAGCCACACCAUCGAGUUCUUUGAGAUGUGCGCUAACCUCAUCAAACUGCUCGCACGAUAGCUGGCUAUACACGCACGUGCGCGCGCACACACACACACACACACACCUACGUCGAUCGCCCUUGUUUGCUCUCCGAGUGUCUUGUUAGCAAUAAGCAUGCAGUCCAACGGCAGCUCGGCCCAGGAUGGCGGGGAGACGCCGAGAGCAUAUGUUAACAUCUUCUGGAGUGAUUACACUGAAUUUGCUGUACGGUCCAGUCAGCCAACUUCCAGUGCAAAAAAAUAAGAUCAACUAUAUUUUUUCUGUGCGGGAGAAGGAAGACGCAUCUUUGCACACCUUUCUUUUCAUUCCUGCUGCUCUCAUUUAUUUUGGGGGGGGGGGGGGGGUUGU